AUAGGCAGACUCCACGCCUCUUCAGUCGAUGGCGUGUUUGCACCGUCUACUUGUUUGUCCACAUGUAGCCUAACCUGCUGCCGUGUGUGUGUCUGUCCGUGUAGUUUUAACCAUGUCUGUGUUAAAAACCUGUUGCAAACUGUUGGUGUUCGUCUCAGUCGCCGUCCUGACUGUGCAGCUGCUACGACACUGGAUAGCUACCAAGCAGUAUGUUUUCGACAAAGAAGACAUCGCCAAAUUGGCUAAACAGUACGCAGGACAGGACCAUGAGCAGGCCUUCUCCAAAGUGGUGGUGGAGCUCAGGAAGAGGUACCCGGGCCACAUCCUGCCAGAUGAAGACCUUCAGUGGAUCUUCGUGAAUGCAGGAGGCUGGAUGGGCUCAAUGUGCCUCCUGCAUGCUUCACUCACAGAGUACCUGCUGCUGUUUGGAACUGCAGUGGACACCAGCGGACACUCAGGUCGUUACUGGGCUGAAAUUUCAGACACAAUCAUCUCUGGUACCUUCAGACAAUGGAAGGAAGGGACUACAAAGAGUGAAAUCUACUAUCCAGGUGACUUUAUUGUACACGGCAUCGGCGAGGCCACGUCAGUGCAGUGGAGCGCUGGGACAUGGAUGGUGGAGUACGGUCGAGGCAUCAUCCCCUCCACGCUGGGAUUCGCUCUGGCAGACACUCUGUUCAGCACUCAGGACUUUGUAACAAUGUUCUACAUUAUACGCGUCUAUGCCAAGGCUCUGCUGCUCGAAGCUGGAACAUUACUCACAGAGGCAGGUGUUUUCUGAGGCACCAACAAGGCUCACAUGAUGAACGGUAACAUUUCACCUCUGACAGGUAACAUCUAGUGAGAGGGAAAGCCUGUGCCAGGUGAUUCCAACUUCAGAGGAUUUGCCUGAAAUUGUAGACAAUCUAAAUUUACACUAGUGCAGUCGAUCCCAUCGACGGUAAACUUAAUGUCUUACCACUUAUAAAACAAAUAUGUUUCACUUGAGCAACUUGCAGUCUCUCUAGGGGGGGGUUCCACUGAUGAUUCGUGAUUUCUGUAAAAGCUGCACUACUCUCUAACCCAUAGUCAGUCAUCUAGAGUGACUUACUGAUCAGUGUCUCCACAAUAAGCAUUCCCACGGAAGCUCUCAAACUGCCUGAAAGUUGUCGAUGAGGUCUUGAGUGCCCAUAUGAAUGACCAUCUGUAUUUUUUAAGGACUUCAGUAAAUGCUACACAAAACUCAAGCUGUGAUAAUAAACUAGCUGUCUAUCAUUGCACCUUUAAGAUUAAACAAAUUAAGAUAAUUGCAAUAAUUUGAUUCCUAUGGCUUUAAGAUAAAUUUAAUGCACAAAGCCAUUGGUUCCUACAUCCAUGUUUCAUGUUUUGGGAAAAAAAGCAGAAAAAGGUCCAGAAAUUGUUUCCACAGCCCCAGUAAUCCAUUGUAUUUGAGCUUGACAUUUUGCAAAUUUACACACAUUCACAACAAAUGUUUCAUGAGUCAUUUUUAUAAUAUUUCAGAUUAUAACAGGACAACCUCACUUAGCUGCAUUUAUGUUUUCUUAAAAAGGUAAUGUAAAACAUAGCUGCAUUUGUUUGUACUCUUCUUUUUCCAAACUGUUAAAUGCAACUUCAUCCAAAUACUGCAUGUAGAGCAUUUUAGAAAUAUUUUACGAAAUGUAGUAGAUUUGUUAGACUAUUUUUGGAUAUCUAGUAGUGAUUAUAAGAUUAUAUUGGACUCUGAUCAUUUGACACUACUUGACUUUAGUCUCUAUACCAUGUCUGGAAUUUGCACUAGCCCCAAAGGGCCAAAACCAACAUUCACAGGCCUCAUACUCUACGUUUCCAAAGGUUCUGGUUAAAAAUUCUGAACACAUACUGCAGAAAACGUUUUAAACAUGUAAUUGCCUUUGGUUUGUCAGCUCAAAUGAACAAUAAAACCACUGCUGCUGCAGUUCUCAUCUGCCAGUUUGUAUCUCUUACAGCUAAACAGCCUUAAUUUGAGACAGAUGCAAGAACACAUUAAGGACUGUGUAAUCUCACUGCAGGAUGACAAAGAUACUGUAACUACCCUAAAUUGACAUUCAGUGGCUGACAAAGUGUACAUCAGCAUCAGUAGCAGUGACAGAUGGGCACAACAAUUACUCUACCUUGAAUGUUUAUCUGUGGAUGUGCAAUUUACUGUAAGGUGAAGAUGGAAACUGACAGAAAAAUAAAUGUUUUUGAUGGAAAAUUA